AUGCUUAUUCGAAAGAUCAAGCUUGGUUUCAGUAUUGAAAGAAUUCUUGAGGAUUUGCAAAAUUUUGGAGAUAUUAUAGAAUAUAAACAAUUGGAUGAGACGACAGCAAUAUUUAAAUUUUUGGAUGCUUCUGAAGCUGAAUUGGCUGCUAAAGUUGUUUCAAAAAAUUCAAAUCUGUUUGGAAAUAUGGCUAUUUUUGAGUUGCAACGUUAAAUUUAAAAAGAAAACAUUAAUGGUUGUUUUA